AUGUUUCAUUUUUAUUGCAAUCAUUGUUUUCGUCGUCGAAAAUUCGAAACUUCUAUGCAACUCUUUAUAUCACGUUGUGGCCACAUACUCUGCAAUGAUUGCGUACAAGACAAUUGCUGUAUUUGUAAGCGUCCAUUCACAGCCGUAGCCGUCAAUAAGGAAAUGCCAAGAUCUAUGGCUGAGUACUUUGUCAGUCCCAUGAAACAGUAUCAGGACUACCAAAAAAAGAUGAAAUUUCAUUAUGUACAAGAGCGACGUCUGGUCGAGCACCUCUGCCGCUCGAAUGCAGAGGAGAAUAAGAGAGUAGAAAGUGAAAUUCAAGGUUAUACUAAGUUGGACGAUUCAAUCGUGCGUCAUAUUGCACAUGAACGCGAAAGAAUACGUAAAUUACGAGAAUAUAUUGCAUAUUAUAAUAGACGUUUCGAACAUGCCAAUUAUAUGACGCCUCCAAUUACAUCCCAACCCCGGCCACGGUAUCCUUCUAGAAGAUCUAGCACAGAAAAUAUUUCGUCUAAUCUACCCAAUACAAAUAUACGUUUUACUCAACCGAUAAGACCUAAUCUGGUAUUACCCAAUAGCCCUACUAUAAGUGAUAAUAAUAGCAGUUCAAUAACUACAGAGGGGACAACAAUGGUAAAUAAGGUUUCUAAGCGGCAAAGAACCCCACCGCCCUUAGUGCCGUUUUCUCAGCAUAAACUAUUGAAUCCACAAUUUUCGUUUAAUUCUUUAAAUUAG